UUUCAAAAUUGCGCACCGCUGAUUCCAGUUUUUAGAUCUAUCUUCUUCCUCGGACAAAGGGCUAUCAUUUUCUCGCAAUGCCAUCAACUGAUGCAGACUUUGGUGGAGCUCCGCCUUCUCAAUUCCCCUUCUCUAUCGGAGAGCAUACAUUUGCGGAUGCUGGAAACUUGGACCACUGUACAAAGUACUUGAACCAGACACUCGUUACUUUUGGAUUUCCCGCUUCUCUCGAUCUCUUUGCCGAUGAUCCAGUUUCGAUUGCGAGGACUUGCAAUUGUAUAUAUUCAUUGUUGCAGCAGAGGCAGCGCGACAUUGAUUUUAGAGAGUCUGCUAAUGAGCAAAGGCAACGAUUAUUAUCAGAUAUCUCAAGAUUAGAGGCAAAAGUUGAGAGGCUUGAGGCACAAUUGCAAGUGAAAGAUAGAGAGAUAGCAACAAUUACUAGAACGGAAGCCAAAACUUCAGCAGCUUUUAAGGCACAGAUUGAGAAGCUACAGCAAGAACGAGAUGAAUUUCAGAGGAUGGUGAUUGGUAAUCAGCAAGUGAGAACUCAACAGGUACAUGAAAUGAAGAAAAAGGAAAAGGAGUACAUAAAGUUGCAGGAGAGACUGAACCAAGUCUUAAUGGAAAAAAAGAAGGAAUCAAGAUCAGGGAUGGAAAUAAUGAAUUUGCUUCAGAAAGAAGGGCGGCAACGUGGGACUUGGAAUGGGAAGAAAGCAGACAACGAUUUCUAUAAAAAGAUUGUGGAUGCUUAUGAGGCAAAAAAUCAAGAACUGAAGGCGGAAAAUUCCGAUUUAAGAGCAUUACUGCGAUCAAUGCAGGUAGAUAUGCGUGAUUUCUUUAAUGCUCCAAAUGGGAUGACGAAGCAAUCUUUGCCCGUUACCGAUAGACAUGAAAAUGAUCCAUCGCAAUCUCCAUUGGGUGGGCGGACGGAUGUCUUUGGUCUUCCUUUUCACAUGGCUAGGGAUCAAAUAGAAGAAAGUCUUCGCACUAAGAUGGCUUCUGUAAAAGAGCGAAUGGUUCAAUUACAGGAUGCACAAAAAGGUGCAGAAGUCACUUCUGAAGCAACAGAGAGGGAGCUUGAGCUUGAAGCUCAACUUGUUGAAGCGAGGAGCAUAAUCCAGGAACAGGAAUCCAUUAUGUCCAAACAUCUUCCUAAGUCAGACAGACCAAGGGAAUCCAUGAUUCCAUCACCAGCUGAGGGGGUAUAACUUAGGAAGCCUAAGGUUCAUGUCUGCAUUUUCGGAUUAAGUGCGGCAGUAAGCUAGCUAGUAAAUUGUGGAGAGCCUGAUAUUGUGUAUUCAGAUUUCUGUAUAACUAAAUUAAGGAUUUAUUCUGAAUCUGUAAUGUUAAAGUAAUUAGAUUCUAGGAAUUUUCACUUGUAAAUUGCAUGCUUACCGAGAAUCCAUUACCUAUUUGUAUCACAUUCUAGCUUUAAGGAAAAGAAUACUGCCUAUUGUGUAUUGAUAGUUGGUUGCAUUUAGCCUGCCGUGAUCAAGUCUUUGAAAACAAGUUUUUAGAGUUUUAGC